UCAAGUUAUAGACAAGAAAACGCAAAUAACAUGUAAACAUGUGUUAGUUGGAAGAAUAGCUUGUAUGCUGGGCAAGACCAUUGAUCAAGAAGUUACUCAAGAACAAUAUUUAAUGCUUGUUAAAUCCAUUUUUGAAUUUGAUCAAAAUGGAUAAUGGAACAUCAGAAUAUUAUUUCACAGCUUCUAUGGACACAGGAAAAUCUUUGUAUAGUUUAUUAAAAGCCAUACAAUUUCAAGAGUGUGCUGUAUUUAGUGCUAUGUCUGAGGGAUUAAAAUUAACAGUUGAAGAAGGAAAAUGUGUGCAAGCCUCUGCUUACAUUCCUGCAGAUAAUUUUACUGAGUAUCAUGUUAGAACUGAUGUUGAUGUCAUGUUUAAAAUAAGUAUAGCAGUGCUCACAGAAUGUUUAAACAUAUUUGGUGCUAGUGAAGAGUCAAGUUUGAAGAUGUACUACAGAAGUGAAGGAUCACCUCUGCUACUUGUCUUGCAGCCACAGUCCGUACACAAUGUGAUGACAGACUGCGAAAUAUCAACACAAACAGCAGAUUCUGUUCUUGAAUUAAAGGAUGAGGAUGCAUCAGAAGUUGCUAAGUUAGUUUUGAAAGCAACUGCUUUUUUAGGCUUGCUGGCAGAUCUAGAAAGAUCUUGUGAUAUCAUUGAGCUUAAUUUAUCACCAGAUCAUCCCAAUGUCAGUAUUAUUACAUAUGGGAUGCAGGAUAGAUCUUGUAUAGAUGUUCCGAAAUCCGCAGACAUGGUUGAAAGCUUUAGCUGUGAUCAGCCUGUUACUCUAAAAUACCAACUACCUCACAUAAGACUGAUUAUGAAGGCAUUAGCAAUAUCUUCUAAGGUAGUAUUAAGAUGCAGUUCAAAUGGUAUUUUACUGCUGCAACUAAAAUUAGAAAAAGAAGAUCAAAGACAGAUGUUUUCAGAAUUUUACAUUUUACCGUUAUUAGAUGAUUAAAAUAAUAAGAUUUUGAAAUUUAGGCCACUUAUGUUUUGUACAGGAGAAUGGAAGAAAUAAUUAGAUAUAAUUUACCCGUCAGAAUAAAAUCGUUGUUGUAGUGUACACCCGACCUUAAUCCCCUUGUUACAAAAAAGGUUUUGUUUUAACAAAUAAAAGACAUAUUGU